UGAUAACCUUAUCCCUGAGCACAUCUAGAAUAGACGUAUUAUUUAACUAGUGUAAUAAACGAAAUAAUUCAAUAAUAAAAAAAAAAUUACUUGUGAUUAUUUACUUAUAAACAGUGAUAGAAGAGAUACUCGUGUUAAAAGAUACCAGUUCAGCGCCAUCUACCAAAAGCCGAAAUGAUCAAUAUAGUACCGCUACUCGCCGCCGUGGCGAUUGUGUCGCUGCAAGGCACGAACGCCUUCGCGCGGUUAGACAAAUCAUCGUCUCUCGAAUUAGAUAACAAACUUUUACCAAACGAUCUGUCCGAUCUAUCUGACUUACCUGCCAAGCGCCGUGCGGUUGAAAACUACAUCAAAAUAUCGACUCCGCCGCCGAAGACGGCCCGGUACGUGCCUGGCACUACCCUGUUGCUGGAGUGCGAGAUCAUGGGCAGCCCCGCGCCCUUCGUCGAGUGGCUGAAAAAUGGCGUACCUGUCACUGACGGGGAGGAUGAGGAGUUCGUGCCUGUGGACCAGCUCAGCCCCGCGUUCCUGUCAAGCCGGCACGUGGUGCGCAGCGCUGCCAAUGGCGACGUGUACACCUGCGUGGGCUCCUCCAGUGCGAACGUCGUCAGCGCUUCCACCACUGUUUUUGUUGAUGGUGACGCCUCAGAAACCCGCAUAAACGAGGUGACGCCCCCGAAGCCGAUAGUGACUGCGUACUACACCGACCUGCUACUCAACAUAGGCUCGCCCGCCACACUGCUCUGCCGGGGAUACAGCGCCACCCCGUCGCACACUAUGUGGAUGGACAACCAGAACAGAAUUGUGAACGACAACAGCAGAAUCAGAGUGCUGCCAUCGGGUGAUCUGUAUAUCAAGUCUGUCGAAUGGCCAGACAUGGGCGUGUGGACUUGUUCUGUGAAGAAUGCAUAUGGCAGGGAAGCUGUUGGCACUUUCCUGUACCCAAUGGCGGUACGGGCAAGAGUUUAAAAAAGAACGACACCAGGCAAUUCAAUCAGUUACCCGCCGACGAUCCUUCAAUGUUCCUACUACGAUAAAAUUUAUGAUUACAUAGAUAAAAUAACUUAAUAGAAUUAAGAUAUAAGUAUUCAGCUAUGCUCACGAAACGCUUUGUGUUAAAAUAUGUACUUAAUUAAUUUAUUAUUUAAUCCAAAAAUAUAUUUUUAGUAUUUUAAUUUAUACUGACUGGUAUUAAUUAUAAAAAUUAAUUUUAUUAAAAUAUUAACGCAUUAUUUAAAUUAUGUUUUUUAUUUAGGUAUUCUAAAUUUUUUACACGUGGCUAUUUGCAUUCAACAUAAAAACAAAUUAAGUAGCUAUUACUAAAGAAUAGGCUGUAUCCCCGAUCUUAGCCUGUCCGUUAUAAAAAAGGAAAAAAAUAUGUUAAAAAUAAUAUUACUUAGGCAUUAAAGUUUAGUUAAAAGUAUUACAGGCAAAAUGUGAUCAAUAUUAUGUGCAAUAUAAUUAUUAUAAUGAAAUUCUGUUGGAAUUAUACUAGGGUGAGUUAUUGCUAUUUUAUUACUGCAGGCGUUCAUGUUAUAGACAAUCAUCACUUGUUUGUUUUUUAAUAAUACAGAUUUUGUAUUAAAAACAUGGACACCUAAUUUUGGUUCGCCUACUCAAUAACAGAUGGCGCUUUUUGUAACUUUGUUUUUUUGUGUUUAAGAUUUAUUAUAUUGUGUGAGAGAUUUUAUUUAAUUUAAGAUGUAACUGUUAAUGAAAAAUUUUUUUUUUAAAUCGUGUAUUUUAACCUAUGAACUUUUUAUUAAUAUCCCACAAAAUCUGGACAUUUUGUAAAGUAAUAGCAUCAGUAAUUUGUAAAUGUUACUAAAAUCUGAUUGAAUCAUCCUAAACAUGACAUUUAAUAUUUAAAGUGCUAUUUAUUUAUAUUUUAUGUAUUUCCUGUACUUAGUAAUUUGAUUGAUUUUCACCCUUCAUUUAAUUAUUAAGCGCGUAUCAUUUUAAAAAAAUAAUUAGUAUUAUUUGAUGUAAUAUUAUAUUUAUUAAAUUCAUCAGUAAAGAUGUAGUUAGUUACACCGUAAGUUUUUAAAUAAUUAUUUAUAAUUUAUUUAUGAACAAACUUAUUUAUUAUUAAAUAAUUUGUCAUAAUACUUAUAUUAUUUUUCUAGUUUAACAAAGCACAAAGAAAUAUCGUGAGAAGCCUUGAAGGCUAAUUAAAUAAUAAAAAAAAAUACGUAAAAAAAAAUAUAAAUCAGCUUAAAUAAAUGUUUUGAUAUACAAA